AUGCGUUUUUCCGAGUUUGUCGCUGCUGCGGCCUCAUUCGGGGCUGCAUCCGCUGGAGUGAUCCAGGCCAGAUCGGCCCAAGACACUUGUUCCAACUCCCUGUUCACUGGAGAGGUCCUGCAUCUGUCUCUUAGUAUCAUCGAGUACCCCAUUGUUGUUGACGUUGAACUUGAAGAGAAUGCUGUUGUCACUAUCGACAAUACUAUCUUGAUUGACUGCACCAAUGCCCCCACUCGCUUGCAGACUACUGUCUACGCAACCGCGACUUCUACUCUCACCAAGACCAUUUCAACCGCCACUAUCACUGCUACUGCUGUUGCUGCAAACACUGAAAAUGUUGGAAGUGAUCAGACAAACCACAGUGCCCAUACCGAUAAUUCUGUCUCUUCUGUCAACGAGAAUGACCGCACCGUCAUCACUCAAAUUGGUACCAAGACUAAAGUCACCAACCAACUGCCUGCCACUACUGAGUCCACUGCCGAUGCCACUAACACUGUGGCCAAGAACACUGCUCCCGUCGCUGGUGGCAAUGCAGUCGGCUCCGGUAUCAACACUAACCUGUACACUGCAUCCACCUCAAACACUGCCGUUCGCACUAUUGUGACUACUGCCUCUUCCCUCGGCCACAAGGCUACCAAAACAUACACCACCACCUUGGCAUCAGUCACCGCUACUGUCUCCGCUGGAGAGUGGACUGACUGGACCAAGUACAAGGCCAACGGUGUCAACCUCGGUGGCUGGCUCGAGCAGGAGCAGGUCUUCAAUCAGUACUGGUGGGACCAAUACGCUCCCGAUGCAGCCGAUGAAUGGACCUUCUGUGAGACUCUCGGAGCCCGUUGCGGCCCCGUCCUCGAGGAACGCUAUGCCACCUUUGUGACCACUGCCGACAUUGACAAGCUCGCUGCCGUUGGCGUCAACACUCUUCGCAUCCCUACCACCUACGCUGCCUGGAUCAAGGUCCCCGGCUCUGCUCUUUACCAUGGCAACCAGAAAGAGUACUUGAAAAAGAUCUCUGUCUAUGCUAUUGAGAACUACAACAUGCGGGUCAUCGUUGGUCUGCACUCCCUUCCCGGUGGUGUCAACUCUCUCGACAUUGGCGAGAAGGUCGGAAAUGACGGCUGGUUCUUCAACAGCACCAACUUGGGUUACUCUUUACAGGCAGUCGAUCAGGUGCUUGAUUUCUUCGUCGAAACCGGAUACCCUUGGGCUUUCACCAUUGCUCCCAUCAACGAAGCCUCUGAUAAUCCGUCCGCUUUUGCCUCUCCCAACACUCUGACCACCAACGGAACCAACUGGAUUGUGAAGUACUCUCAGGGUGUGUUGUCUCGCAUUGCCCGUGUUGACAAGCGCAUUCCCCUCAUGCUCCAGGACUGCUUCCUCGGCGAGGAGCACUGGUCUCCCCUGUUCCCCAACGGCACCAACCUCGUCAUCGACACCCACGUCUACUACUUCGCUGCCUCCGGUGUCUACUCCCAGUGGGCUAAUGGCGCUAUCUGUGGUCAGGCAUCCGUUGUUGGUGGAGAUGGAAAGUUCCCUGUGUUUGUUGGCGAAUGGGCUCUGCAGACUUUGUAUAGCAACACCUUUGCCAACCGCGAGAAUCUCUUCAACACCCAGCGCUAUGCCUGGAGCUUCUAUGCUCAGGGUGGAUCCUUCUGGAACAUUAAGCACAACAGCAGUGCUGUCGUUGAUGGACAGGGUACCCAGAAGGACUACUGGUCUUACGAAAAUCUUAUUGAUGCUGAUGUCAUUCACUCUAUCAACUCCACCGCAUCUUACUGCUAG